AUGGAUCCAGACACAUUAAAGACGGCCGCGGCAAACAUCCAGCGUGAAGAGCAAAGGGCAACAGGUCAAACCCCUGCAGGAGGAGUCGCCGCUAGAGCACAAUCUUUAGCUGAUCGUGCAGCUAAAGGACAACCAAUGACUCAAACUAAACCAAAAGAGCAGCAGAAUAUUGAUAAAGUUAAUGUCGAAGAUGUUAACGAAGCUGCAAGUAUACUGAACCGUGAGGAAAGCAAAUUAUAUGGAGGUGUAAUUCCACCUGAUACGGCAGCAUCUCACGCUCAAUCAUUUGCAAAUAAGAUUCGCCAAGAAAAAGAGAGAACUGAAUAA